AUGACGAAGCCAGAAGUUGCACCAGAGUGGCAAGAGUUCCUCAACGAACUCGGCGAGUCGUCCGUAGCUCUCCAUGGCUCGCUCAGUGAUAUUCAGAAUCGCUGGGGCGAGAUCAUCCUAACCAUGUUGAAAAAGUCCAAGCUGCCAGAGCCCGACCGGACAGUGCAAACUCGGGACGUAACUCUCAAGGACUUCUGGCUCAGGGUGUAUACUCCGCCUGGAACCACAGCGAACAAGCCAGUGGGCAUUUACUUCCACGGCGGAGGAUGGGCCAUGGGCAGCGUUAACCAGGAGGACGCCAUCUGUCGGCUGAUAAGCAAACACCACGAAAUGACGCUGGUCAGUGUCUCGUAUCGACUCGCGCCGGAAUACAAAUGCCCGAUUCCCCUCGACGACUGCGUGGCAGGCGUAGACUGGGCGCUCGCCAACCUGCAAGCAUCGUCUGCAGUGAUCAUCGGCGCAUCUGCAGGGGGCAAUCUGGCCUUUGGUGCCGCACUCAAGAUGAUCGACCAGGGACGCGCCGAGCAGAUCGAGGGUGUAGUGUCUCUUGUUCCUAUCACUGUGCAUCGAGACGCCGUCCCCGAGGAGGCGAGGGCGCGAUACACCGCGUACGACGUCAAUGCCAACGCUACUGUGAAUUCCGCAGCUGCAAUGCAGACGUUCUUCGAUGCAUACGGCCCAUCACCGGAUGACAAGUACACGUCGUGUCUUCUGCAUCCGAACCUCAAGCAGCUGAAGAAGGUGUACAUCGCCGAGUGUGGCUUGGAUACGCUGCGAGACGACGCAGUCCUGAUGAAGGAGGCUUUAGAGAGAGACGGUGUCCCUGUUUCCUACGAUUCUUACCCUGGAUUUCCCCAUUACUCUUGGACUUUUCCCUCGAAACAUCUUGACAAGCACCGCGAGCAGUUCCUAUCUCAGAUGCUAGACGGGGUGAAAUGGGUAGCAGGCAUUCAAUAGACAAUAUGCUCGAUAGCAAUAUUACCAC